UUUCAUGACAUAUUUUUAGGACUCACCCUUACCCUCUCAUAAAUGGUAGUUGUGGGGACUUGCGUUCACCUGAUCUUUACCAACCACCCAAAAUAACUUUUCCUAGCAGGUUUUUGUAUAAAAACCUAACAUUAGGAAAGACCGUCUUUCUUAUUUAUUAGUAUUUUUUACUCGAGCACUUGAGUUUCCCUUGUCUAUUUAUCUUUGCAACAAUGAAGGCACUGAUUCUCGUCGGCGGUUUUGGUACUCGUCUUCGUCCUUUGACUUUGACUUUACCAAAGCCUUUGGUUGAAUUUGGCAACCGUCCCAUGAUUCUUCAUCAAGUCGAAGCCUUAGCUGCCGCUGGUGUAACCGAUAUUGUCUUGGCAGUAAACUACCGCCCUGAAAUCAUGGUUCAAGCUCUCAAGAAGUAUGAAGAAGAGUACAAGGUUAGAAUUACCUUCUCUGUUGAGAAUGAGCCUUUGGGCACCGCUGGCCCUCUUGCCUUGGCUCGUGAUAUUCUUGGUAAAGACAAUUCUCCCUUCUUUGUUUUGAACAGUGAUGUCAUCUGUGAGUAUCCUUUUGGAGAUUUGGCCAAGUUCCACAAAGCCCAUGGUGCCGAGGGUACUAUUGUUGUUACCAAGGUCGAGGACCCCUCCAAAUAUGGUGUUGUUGUUCAUUACCCCAACUCCGAAUCUCUAAUUGAACGCUUCGUAGAGAAACCUUCGGAGUUUGUCUCCAACAGAAUCAAUGCCGGUAUUUACAUUCUCAAUCCUUCCGUGCUUGACCGCAUCCAGCCUCGUCCUACUUCCAUUGAGAAGGAAGUUUUCCCUGCCAUGGUCAAAGACAAGCAAUUGCACUCUUUCGAUUUAGAGAACUACUGGAUGGAUGUUGGUCAACCCAAAGACUAUCUCACCGGUACUUGCCUUUACUUGUCAUCUUUGAGAAAGCACAAGCCUGAGUUGUUAGCCCCCGCCGGCCCUUCUAUUAUUGGCAAUGUCUUGAUUGAUGCUUCUGCCACCAUUGGCAAGAACUGCAAAAUUGGCCCUAACGUCGUCAUUGGUCCUAAUGUUACAAUCGGUGACGGUGUUCGCCUUCAACGUUGCGCUAUCCUCAAGUCUUCUCGCGUACGCGACCAUGCCUGGGUGAAGAGCACCAUUGUUGGAUGGAACUCUACUCUUGGAUCAUGGAGUCGUUUGGAGAAUGUUUCUGUUUUGGGUGACGACGUAGUCGUCAAUGAUGAAAUCUAUGUCAACGGCGGUAGCAUCUUGCCCCAUAAGAGUAUUAGUGCCAAUAUUGAAGUCCCUGGUACUAUUGUUAUGUAAAUCUGCUUGUGUAUAAGACUCUUUUCUUCUUUUACAUGGACUUACCUCUUCCGUUCUAUUCUUUUCCAUCUUUGUACCUAAUUCUACUCUUUUUUCCUUUUUAUCGCCCUUUUUUAAUUCUUUUAAAAUCACACACUCUUUUUCCUAUCUCUUCUUCUUUUAUUGAAUUAGUAAAGGAUGCAGGUUUCUGUCUUUUUAAUUAUCUCUGGUUGCAAUAGAAAUGGAGAUGAUUGUAUACAUUUGUUCAGUUAACUCGAUUUGUUAGAAAGGCAGUUUAAUUUAGCAAAUUUGAAGAGCUUUUUCUUUGCUGAUAUGGUUUUCUUGUGAUUUUUUACCAAGUAGUAAGGCAAUUAUCUUUGUUGUGUUGAAUUCACCAAUACUGCGCCUGAUAGUUGUGAAAAGUAUUAAAAAGAUAAUCAAUUCAAUGAAUUCUAAGAUUUUAUUUAUUUUUACUUACUUA